AUGCAGCUGAUAGGCGGUAUGCUGUUCCCAGAUGCCUCUGACUUUCAGGUGCACAUUAGGUGGCUCCCACAGCUGGAGGACCUUAAGACAUAUGGUCAGUUAUCGUGGGGGUCAGCGGUGCUAGCUUGGCUGUAUCACCAGAUGUGCCGGGCCACGGAGCAUGGCCAGCGCAAUUUGGGCGGGUGCGUGAGUUUGUUGCUGUCUGACGAACGGAUUUCUGCUAGUAAAGAAUUUCAUCAGAAUAAUCACGUUUGGGUUCAGUACCACCCGGACAAUGACAGGGGCGACGGCAGGCUUAGGCAUUACAGGCAUACCUUGAAUGGGAUUAGGAUGCUGAAUGUUGAGUGGACGCCAUAUGGUGACCCACAACUGAUUAGCCUAGUUCCACUGGCGAUAGCCUUGGCAGAGGCAUCAUCGGCUGUUGUAUGUCCGCUGCUUUGCUUUGCUAUCAUCGAUUGGCAUCAGGUGGACCGAGUUGUACGUCAGUUCGGUGGUCUACAGCACAUUCUGACCAGGCCACUGAACAUUGACGACAUGCACCUGUUGGAUGGGCGGUUUGGCCGCGGCGAUGGUUCCCGCAUCUUCUCGGCGGAUGAAUUAGUUGGCCUUGGUGACCAACACGUAGUGGCGGCUGGGGUUGUGCCACAUGAUUUGCCCAUGCACCAUCCACUUGCUCCAGAUCUGCAUCAGCCAGAUGACGGUCACCUUCCGGAGAUGAGACCAAUACGAGAGAAAGAACGACCACGCCUCCUUUAUCUCACCCUCGACAACGGCGAAUGCAAUAGGAAGAAUGUUUGCAUUCCCGUCUUAAGCUAUCGCCAUGAGUAA